GGUAUAUUGAAUAAAAAUAAAAAAGAUGGCGGCGCCCAUGUAUCAGCGGCAAAAUUAAAACGUAAAUCAACUUCAACUUGGCAUGAUGACUUCAAAGGCAUUGAAAAUCUUGGUGAGUGGAGAUGUGGAAGGGAACUUUGAUAAGCUGUUUGGUCGUGUCAACACUAUACAGAAGAAAAGUGGCAGCUUUGAUUUACUGCUGUGUGUUGGAGAUUUUUUUGGGAAGAACAACAGCGAGUGGGAAAAAUAUGAGUCGGGUCAGAGUAAAGUGCCGAUACCCACCCUGAUUCUGGGUCCCUGUGAUUCCUCCCUAUCUGAUGAAUUCCAGAACAAUCGAGAUGGGCUGGAACUUUGUGAGAACGUGACAUAUCUGGGAAGGCGUGGUUCAUACACAGGAAGCUCUGGACUAUCUGUCGCCUACCUCAGUGGUGCAGAGGGCGACAAGUCAGAUUUCACACACUUCCUACAAGAAGAUGUGUCUACUCUUCUUCUGCCAUUUCAAAAUGACACAAAGUUCCGAGGAGUGGACAUCUUGUUGACAUCACAGUGGCCAAAACAUCCUAGCAAAUACGGCUCUGAAGUGGAAGUGGACACAGAGAAGUGUGGGUCCAAUCUGAUUUCUCAACUUGCCUUCGAACUUAAACCUCGGUAUCAUUUCUGUGGCUGUCAGGAUGUGUAUUAUGAGAGACAGCCUUACAGAAACCACAAGGUCUUGGCUGAGAAAGAAAAACAUGUCACCAGAUUUAUCUCCCUUGCCAAAGUCAACAAUCUUCAGAAGAAAAAAUACUUGUAUGCUUUCAACAUAACACCAUUGUGUAACAUGGAGGAAGGUGAAUUGACUAAACAGCCCCCUGAUGUCACAGAGUGUCCAUACAAAAGAGAAACUUUCGAAGAGCUUGGACAGGAGGAUUCUGCCCCACAGUUUUUUUAUGAUAAAAGUUCACCAGAAAAAGGGAAGAAAAGGCCAAGGGAAGACAAACGAGAACGGGGAUCUCAUAAAAAACACCCCAGACCCUCGGGGCCCUGUUGGUUCUGCCUCGGGUCUCCGGAGGUGGAGAAACAUUUGGUAGUCAGUGUCGGCACAGAGUGUUACUUAGCCCUGGCAAAAGGGGGUCUAGUUCCUGACCACAUUCUGAUUCUACCAAUUGGACAUCACCAGUCCAUGGUCCUGGCUCCAGACGAUGUCCGAGAGGAAAUCAGGAAGUAUAAAACAGCACUGACUAAGUUGUAUAAGCAGUCUAACAGAAGUGUCAUCUUUUUUGAAAGGAAUUACAAGACGCAACAUUUACAGAUACAGGCUGUUCCAUUUCCCGAUGAUCGUAAACAGGAAGCCAGGGAUAGCUUUAUGGAGUGUGCCGAGUCUGAAAAUAUAAACCUCGAUGAAAUUCCCAAACACUCCGACCUAAAACAGAUUGUGCCUGUUGGAGCACCAUAUUUUUAUGCUGAAUUGCCAACUGGAGAAAAAUUCUUACACAGGAUUUCAAGAAAUUUCCCGCUUCAGUUUGGCAGGGAAGUGAUGGCUGGCGUGCAGCUGUUAAACAUGCCUGAGCGUGUUGACUGGAAGGCGUGUAAACCCACGCGAGAGCAGGAGGAAAUAUAUGCUGAAGACUUCAAAAACAAAUUUGAACAAUUUGAUUUUACUCUAGAAUGACUUGCAUGUAAUGCAGGUGUGAAUGGAUUUGAUAGAUUUACAGUUUUGGAUGUGCAAUAUUGAGAAUGUUUCUUACUCUCAGAAUUAAAGCAUCAAUUCAGACAUCUAUUAUUCAUUUGAUCAAAUUUCACUACGUAUGAAAAUCAUUGUACUCUCAUCCGAUUGUGUAUCAUUGAAAUUUACAAGACAGACGUAUGCAUUACAGACGCUGUACAUAUGUACAUGGGAUUAAAUCUUAAUAUAACCUGUG